UGCUAUAUAAGACUGUCUUGCAUUAUCCCAUUUCUGUAUGAGAUUAUCCAGUUCCAGUGAAGAAAAGAGAAAUAAAAGAGAAAGAUAUUCAAUCAGAAAGACGAUGGACGGUUCAUCAGCAACUUCAUCUCUUUUAAUAGGUUAUGAAGGUGUACCCAAGUCUGACAAUGAAAACAUGGACUACUUCUUGGACCAAGAUGAAGAAAACCCUCAAUAUCAUAACCUCCAACAGCAUACGAUAUCAUGGCGGUCAUCAGCGGUGGUUGAAGAGCUCAAACAGCUUUAUAGUAUUGCCCUACCGAUGAUCAUCACAGGCUUACUCUUCUAUGGCAAAGCAGUUAUAUCUAUGCUCUUCAUGGGUAGACUAGGAAAAGAUGUAUUAGCAGGUGGAUCACUUUCCAUUGGCUUUGCUAACAUCACUGGCUACUCUGUCCUCAGUGGCCUUGCCAUGGGCAUGGAAGCCAUUUCUUCUCAAGCUUAUGGUGCCAAACAAUGGCUGAUCAUGGGCCAUGCACUUCAGUGCACCAUAUUCAUCCUCAUCUCUGCCUCUGUACCCAUCUCGUUCCUCUGGUUGAAUGUUGAACCGAUCCUCGUUUACUGUGGCCAAGACCCAUCUAUUUCUUCCAUCGCUGCGACUUACCUAGCCUUCUGUCUCCCUGAUCUCCUGUUUCAAUCUUUCAUCAACCCCCUCAAGAUUUACUUGAGAUCUCAAAACAUAACACAACCUCUCAUGUAUAGUGCAGCCUUCGCCCUAGCCCUCCAUGCACCUAUCAACUACUUCCUCGUCUACUACCUAGAACUUGGUCUGCGGGGAAUUUCCAUUGCAACGGUUAUAACUGAUCUAAAUCUUCUCACAUCCUUGUUGCUCUACCUCUACUUCACCGGCAUUCAUAAGAGGUCAUGGCAAGGUUGGUCUUUAGAGUGUUUUCGUGAAUUUAAACCGAUUUUAAGCUUAGCUAUUCCGAGUUGUAUUUCUGUUUGCUUGGAGUGGUGGUGGUACGAGUUAAUGAUCAUAUUCUCAGGCCUACUGGGUGAUGCAGCCGAAGCUGUUGCCUCCAUGGGCAUUCUCAUACAAACCACCUCGCUCGUUUACAUCUUUCCUUCGGCUCUGAGUCUUGCGGUUUCAACUCGUGUAGGAAACGAGUUAGGUGCAAAUCGUCCCGAUCGAGCAAGAGCCUCAAGCCACGUUGCUUUAGCCUGUGCAGUUCUAACAGGCUUGAUUGCCAUGUCAUUCACAACAACACUGCGCAACGCAUGGGGGCGUGCAUUCACAACAGACGAAGCAAUCUUAUCGUUAACAGCGAUGGCGAUGCCUGUUGUAGGACUCUGUGAGCUCGGCAACUGCCCACAGACAACUGGUUGUGGAGUCCUGAGAGGAAGUGCUAGGCCUUCUUUGGGUGCCAAUAUAAACCUGGGAUCAUUUUAUGGUGUGGGAAUGCCCAUAGCAGUGAUUAUGAGCUUUGUUUUGGAUAUGGGCUUCUUAGGUCUCUGGUUCGGCCUUCUUGCGGCCCAGGCAACAUGUGCCCUAGUUAUGCUGUUUAUGUUGCUUGGAACAGAUUGGGGUUUAGAAGCUAAAAGAGCAAGAGAACUCACAAGAGCUAAUAAUUCUGCAGUGCAAAAUGAAGAACCCUGAAACUCGGAGAGGAUGUUUGGAUAGUAGAAGUACACCGAACAGGUCAAAAGUUAGUCUCGAAACCAGAUUCCAAAAGUAAAAAAGUUUUUGUUUCUUACUUUUGAAAAUCACUUUGUGUUUAAGUAGAAACACUUUUACUUCUGGUCGCUAGACAUGUUAUAAGUUAUAGGAAGUGAAAGUCUUUCAUUGGGAAAAUAGUUAGACAGAUACAUAGUAUUUUUUUUUUUUUUUUGUUUGUUAGUUUGGUAGGAUCUGUUGUUUGUAAAUUUUGAAUUAGAAAUAUUAC